GGAAAUAUCCCGAGACAUACCGCGUGUCGAAUAAUUUACAAACCGGAAUAUCGAAGAGACGCUGAAAAAUAAAUAAAUCAAAAUAAAAUAAAUAACGCGGUAUAUAUUGUCGUUUGACAAAGGACAUCCGGCUCGCGGGGAGCGGAAACACGUGCGCGCGAUCUGUCGCGAAAAUCGCGCGUCCGCGCAGGUGAUUCGACGCAAACAGGCUGAAUAAAAAACGCGAAAAGGAAUCCGAGAAUGCGGACAAAAAAAGACGGAGAAGGCGCAAAAGAACGCGAGAGAGUCCCCGCGUAUCGAUCAUUGACGACGCGCCCUUCGCAAGAGCCGGAGCAUCGAGAGUGCGCGCGCGCGCGCUCAGCUGAUGUCACAACUGUCGGCGUGAUGCCCGUGUCGCAGCCAGUGCGUGCCAAGAGUUUGUUACGCGCAAACUUGGAAAAUUCACGGGUGCGUGGCCUACAGAGCAGAAUGCCGAAUAUCAAGGUCUUCAGCGGGACCUCGCAUCCUGAUCUCGCCCAACGGAUCGUCGAUCGACUCGGUAUCGACAUCGGGAAGGUUGUCACAAAGAAAUUCAGCAACCUCGAGACAUGCGUGGAGAUUGGAGAAUCUGUCCGUGGAGAAGACGUGUAUAUCGUGCAAAGCGGAAGCGGCGAGGUGAACGAUAAUCUAAUGGAGCUUCUGAUUAUGAUCAACGCUUGCAAAAUUGCUUCUGCAUCUCGAGUGACAGCGGUUAUUCCUUGUUUUCCUUAUGCAAGGCAGGAUAAAAAAGAUAAGGGCAAUGAUGCUGGAGACUCUAAAAGUCAGAUUAUCAUGAAGUCGAACGAGUGGAAAUUCAGGAGUCGUGCGCCAAUCUCCGCAAAGCUAGUAGCGAAUAUGCUUUCCGUAGCAGGUGCUGAUCACAUUAUCACAAUGGAUUUGCAUGCUAGUCAAAUACAAGGAUUCUUUGAUAUCCCAGUAGAUAAUUUAUUUGCCGAGCCAGCUGUCCUCAAAUGGAUUAAAGAGAAUAUUGUUGAAUGGCGAAACAGCAUUAUCGUCUCCCCCGAUGCGGGUGGCGCCAAAAGAGUCACAUCUAUCGCAGAUCGGUUAAAUGUUGAGUUUGCCCUUAUACAUAAAGAAAGGAAAAAGGCAAAUGAAGUCGCUAGCAUGGUAUUAGUCGGAGAUGUCAAAGACAGAGUCGCAAUUCUCGUAGAUGAUAUGGCUGAUACCUGCGGUACUAUCUGUCAUGCGGCGGAAAAGUUGUUGGAAGCUGGUGCCACAAAAGUUUAUGCAAUACUUACACAUGGUAUAUUCAGCGGUCCUGCAAUUAGUAGGAUUAACAACGCCUGCUUCGAAGCUGUGGUAGUGACUAAUACUAUUCCACAAGAUGGUCACAUGAAAGAUUGCCCAAAGAUUCAGUGCAUUGACGUGUCGAUGAUGUUUGCUGAAGCCGUAAGGCGGACGCAUAAUGGUGAAUCCGUAUCAUAUCUGUUUUCAAAUGUACCGUAUUAGAUGAAAAUCUUCCUACUUCAAAUUGAGAUUUAUAUUAGUUCUAUUUUUUCAUGAAUUUCUAACAGUAAAUUUGACUAAUCGAUAAAUUCAUGAUAUAAUCGUGAUAAAUUUUUAAAAGAUUAGAUUUAUAUAUAU